GAAAAUUUCUAGCUUUGCAUACAUUUAUAUAUACUUUUUAGUUAUUAGUUUUAAGGCAGUUUUAAUAUCAUCUGCCGAAAUGGAGAUUGUUGAAGAACACAGGUCAUUGUUGGACCGCAUUGCUAGUGAAAAUGGGUUUACCAAUUACGAGAUAAUAGCCAGUCCUGGAUCGAAUAAAGGAGAUAACUUUUCAGGAAUUAUUACCGCCGUUACAAUCAAAAACAAGGAAAAAAGUUUGGAUUUAAUUUUGAAGUCGUCCCGUACGUUCUCAAAACAAUCUAAAGAGCACCAUAUUCAUGUUUAUAAAAGAGAAAUAUUUAUGUACGAACGAAUUUUUAAGGAGUUUAAGAAGUAUCAAAAGGAACACAAUAUUCAAGAUCCUUUCGAGAGUGUACCAAAAUACUAUUCAAGCUUUACCGAGGAAGGACAACACAGUUUAGUUUUGGAAAAUUUAAAAUCACAACAGUACCAGUUGUGGGAUAAAAAAGUCCCAAUGAAUCCAGAACAUAUCAAAACAGUACUCAUUGAGUAUGCUAAAUUUCAUGCGGUUUCAUUAGCAAUGAAACACAAAAAUCCUGAAUUAUUUGAAACACUACUGGGAGAGACUAAUCUUGAUAAUCCAAUGCACAAGCUCUUUGAUGGUGAUAAUAAUGAAGGCCGCGAGAACAUUAAAUCAUUUUUUAGUGCUACUUUAUCUAUGGGUUACAAGGCUGUAAAGGAUGAUGUCGCAUUAACAGAAUAUCUUAAAAAAUAUGAAAGUGUAGCAUUUGAGAAUAUGUCUAAAAUGAGACAACCAGAGUACAAAAUUGUCGUUACACAUGGAGAUUGUUGGUGUAACAAUUUCAUGUUUAAAUAUCAGGAUCCAAACGAUAAAACAAAACCACAAAUUAUACGCGUGAUCGAUUGGCAAAUAUCGUCUUUUGGAAAUCCAUGUGAGGAUCUCGCCUAUUUUUUUGUUGCAAAUGGCUCUGAGGAGGUUUUAGGGGAUUUCCAGGCUUAUCUACACGUUUACCACGAGAAGUUGUCUUCACAACUUCGUAAUUUUAAUUUGGAUCCUGAGGAAAUCUUUCCUUUCUCUACGUUUGAAAAUCAUUUAAAGGUUUUUAUAUUACACGGGUUAUUUCUGGCAUUGUUAGUUAUGAAGGUAACUUUAUCUGACGCAGAUGAAAUACCGGAGCAUGGAGAAGAAGGUGAGAAGCAAUCACCUGACGAAAUAUUAGACUUAUUGUCUAAGGAAAUGAAAAAUAUGGAUGUGUAUAGUAAGAGAAUAAAAAUUGUAAUGAAUUUUUUGGUUAAAAAUCAUUAUUUGUAAUAUAGAUUUUUUAAAGUA